AAGGGGCAGGAAGGAGGGGGUACAAGCUAGUGCUUUGGCGCGCCAGUGAUGAGGAACACUAAACUCGGGUUCUAUUUUCGCCAGACAGAACAGUGCCGGCGUUCGUGCGACGCAGGUCUGUGGCAUUACCAUUUAUAAUAAAUAACACGAGACACGGACCGACCACAGGAAAAUAUUUAAAAAUUAAUAGUGAAGAUAUUGGAAAGUGAGAAAGUGAUUUAUGAUAAUAGACAUAGAAAAAUAAAGUUCUUGUGAUUAUUUUUUUUUAAACAAUUGUUUACGUGAAAUUAAUCAAAGGCGAUUAAUUUUUAUAUUGAACUGUGACUAUUGAUGCCCAAUGGGCUCUUCAAUAGUGAUGAGUAAUGGAGAAUUGUGACGUUUAUUGAAAUCAUCACGUGUGUGAAUAAUAAGGGAGAGUUGUGGGGACACUGAGGGGGUUGAUACCCAAAGGGGAGAGAAGUUGAAAUCCCGUUCCCUUCGAUUUUGAUAGUUACAUUAAAAUUCGCAUAUCGUUGCGUGACUCUAAUAUAAGAAAGUCGAGGUCGUACAGUAACAUGUAAUCCAUCAAGGUUGUUGCCACUCCUUUUGUUUUAGUUUCACCGUUACUCGAUUUUUUUUUUCUAAUAUUCACGCUGAAGCAAAUCAAUGAAAGAUUUUUUCUUUUCAAUGAAUUUUUUUUUAAACAUGAUUUGAAAAUUAAAGAUAGUUGAGAAAGGGCCAAGAUAAUGUCGCCGUUAGGCCAGACUGUAAUUACCAUCCCUUCGACAGUGGCCCUGUUUUAUUGGACAUUUACUGGGACGAUUUGUGCGAUCAUAUGAUAAAUGUAGAACGCAACGUAUUUUAUUUUUUAGUUUAUUUACAUUUAUUUUUACAUUUUCAAAUAUUGAAAAAAAUACUGUGAAAAGUUGAAAUAAUUCAGUGACUGAUAAAUGUGCUUGAAGAUAAAUCGUUGAUAAUACGAAGUUUGUUCCUGAAGACGGAGCGCCCCUCGGCGCCUCCGAGGUACCCCCUCACCCUCCCCUCGUCGUCCUCCCUUUUUGGCUCACCCCAGUAAAACUGUUGACUCCUCCCCGGCCUCAUCAUGUGUGCGAUAGCAAUGUGUGUUAUUGCGAAAAAACUUGUCGAGUGUGAUGAUGAGUGUUGAACAACAGAUUCAACAACAGCAACACGUUAGUAGCAGUAGUUCAAAUAAUAGUUUUCUUUGUAACGAAUGCGGACUUAAGUUCAAUAGUGGUGAUAGCCUUUCUGUUCAUAUACGUUAUCAUCAGGGUCAUCUUAUGCAUCAGUGGGGUACUCCAGGCCACCUGGAAGAACGCAACAAUAACAAUAGUAAAGCGGGAAAUCAUAAUUGUCACGUGAAACGUGAGAGUGUAACAGCAGCAGCGGACUCGAGUGAGUCGUCAUCGCGACCGCCCUCGGUUGGCGCAUCGGCAAUUUCGCAGCGGCAGCAGCAGCAGCAGCAGCAGCAGCAGCAGGGACAACAAAAUCCUCCAACGUCAUUACAAAGCGGACAAGAGCCUGACCCACCGGGUUACGGGCAUUUUCCAGCGCCAAUGUUCGGGGAAACAUAUUUUAUGCAGAGCGACCAAACAUACUUGCUGCAGCAUCAGCAUCAUUAUUCGCCUCCAAAUGAUGAUUCGCAGACAGCCAGUAAUUAUCAGCCAAGAUAUCAUCCAUACCAGCAUGCUCAGCAUUACCAGUCUGAGAGAACGAAUUCUGUGAGCUCAUCGAGCCCGAGAAGUCCCCCUCAGUGUGACAAGUGUGGUAAUGUCUUUGAGGAUACUAAUCAGCUGGCGGAACAUGUGAGAUCUAAUCAUCCAACAUCACCAAGUGCAUACACAGCACAGCCACAGUAUCAGCAGUUGGGUACAAGUCCUCAGCAAUCCCAACCGCAGCAACAACAGCAACAGCAGCAACCACCACCGCCACCUCAAAUGCACUCGUCACCACCGCAUAAUAGUCAGCCACCUCCUCAACCACCAAAUUACGACUACAAUUCGGGAGGUGGUGUGAAGAGUGAUACCAAGGAGCAAGAGGAUCAGGCUGAAAUACUUGAUCUGGAUUCACACAAAGUGCAAACACACAGGUACGAGGAAGAAAUGAUGAGGAUUCACCAGCAAGAGAUGCAAAUGCAGAUUCAUCAUCAGCAACAACAACAACAACAAGCACUUGUUCAGCAACGAGGAGCACCUCAUUCGGUGAGUGCUAUGCUUGGUUGGCCACCAGGACAGCCUCUCGAUUAUCAUCCUGGUAUAUCACCAAUGGUCCCCAUUGACAGUGGUUCACCAUUAGCUGAUCAACGGCAAUUUAUACCGAAUCAGCAUUUAUCAGUUGAGCCACAACGACAUGCUGGCUCACCGAUAAUAACAAGUACCCAACCAAUGCCUGGCCAUCAUAUACCAAGUACAUUACUACAACAACCUCCAAAGCCAACAUCUGGUAAUCAAUCGUGGAAGAGUAACGAGGCGCGAAGACCAAAGACAUACAACUGUACAGCGUGCAACAAGUGGUUUACAAGUUCCGGCCACUUGAAGAGGCAUUACAAUACGACGUUACAUAAAAAUGCCGUUAAACAAAGUAAUCAACCGGAUCCAGCUAAUAUGCCAAUAUCAGCACAUCAUCAUCCAGGUAGGGACAAUGUAUCUGGUGGUAGAGGUGGAUCAUCACGCUCACCUGAAUUAUCUACCUCAGGGAGUCCCCCAAACUUGAUGGCAGGUUCCUCGGUAGAGGCGGCGAGGGGCCUGCUCAAUACGCCAACCAAUCCAUACAUCACCAGCAAUUCCAGCAACGGGAGCUCGAACAGCAACGACUCUACGACAUCACUGGGUCAUCAGCAUCAAUCAUUACAACAACAUCAAGUACAAUCACCCCAACAGGGACAAUCUACAGUGGCCCAACACAUAGCAACAUCAAUGGCAUCCCACAAUUCACCAGCCCAAUCACCAAUGGGUGUACAUCAUCAUCAACAAAUGGGUUCCCCAUCACCCCAAUUACCACAACAUCAUCUACCAAUAGGUUCGCCAUCCCAAAUUCAACAUCAUCCAAUGAAUUCACCAAUAUCACCAAUGCAUCCACCACCACCCCCUCAACAUCUCAAUUCACCAUCACCAAUGGCAUCCCAUCAUCACAUGAAUUCACCAUCGCCAAUAAUGCCAGGUGUACCACCAAUGAUUUCACCACCGAUGGGGGGUACUACGGUGCCUCAUCAGCCGUACCCAAACGCCUUGCCCCCCCACGUUACAACCACUACCAAUAUCCCGGGCCUACUGGAGUCUAUCACCAGCCAGCUAAUUACUACUGGUGAAAUGUCACCAGCACUACAAUUUCAGACCCAGGAUACAUUACCCGGUUUUGGCACUUUUAGCAAUCAUCAGAGGGCCUUACCAAGUUUCAACCAAUUUGGUGUAGCCGGAUUUUUAGUUGGCCAUAAUCAACCACAGGCCAUUAACGUGGGGGGGCUAAGCCCUGAGGAUGCGAUUCCUCAAGAUAAAUCAUUUGAAUCAUCAAGUACAAACUAUGAGGCAUAUGACAAUUCACCGCCUCGAUACGAAUCACUCACCAAUAUGAAUACAUCCAAUAUUCACAAUACAGAUGGAAUGAUGAUAAAACAGUAUGAUGGAGGUCAGCAACAAAAUCAACAACAGAUACGGGAAUAUCGACACGUCGAGGCCAACAAUAAUUUACCAGUUAGAUUGGGCAAAGAGGAAGUCAAUCCCAAUAUUGUUAAAGCUGAGGUUGAUGAUGGUAAAUUGACGAGCAAGGAACAUCAAGUCACCAGCACGAAUACUGGCUCUCAUUAUAUAUCACAGGAUGGCUUUCACAAGUGCAUUGAGUGUGAUAAGGUGUUCAAUAAGGCUUGUUAUUUGACACAACAUAAUAAGAGCUUUCAUUCAGGCGAUAAACCAUUUAAAUGCAAUCAAUGUGGUAAACGCUUUCCACAUGAAUCACUCCAUGCAGAACAUCUUCAGAAACAUGCCGGUGAAAAGCCGUACAAAUGUGAAAUAUGCCCGAAGCAAUUUAACCACAAGACGGACCUCAGACGGCACAUGUGCCUACAUACUGGCGAAAAGCCGUACGCCUGUGAUACAUGCGGCAAGGGGUUCAUCAGGAAGGAUCACAUGAUGAAACACCUGGAUACGCACAAGAAAAAAACAAACAGUCACAAUUUACAUUUGAGGGCUUGAAUUGAGGCAUGACGAUGAGAUGUAUUCCAUUAAAAUUUCAACAACAAUUUCACUGGCGAAUGGGAUUUUUGUUAUUUUUACUGAGCAUUUAUUCACGCAAAUUGAUGGCCAGUUUAUUGAAAUUUUAAGGAACCAUUUCAUUUGUCGUAAAAACAAUUAUUAACACAAUUCAUUCAGUCCUUUAGAGUCUUUUUAUCCCCUUCGCAUCGACGAAGAAUUCCCAAUUGAACCUUUUUUUUUUCUUGAAAAACAUGUUUCGAAUCGUCGAAGGGGUAUUUUAUUGCUCAAAGAUAUUUAUUUCAUUACGAUUGAGUGAACUUUUUGCAGGGAAAAUCAUCUUUUUUGUUAAUAUUGGUUUGAUAUUCUACAGCUCGGAGAGAAAUUUGUACAUUUGAAAUGUGACAUUUCGUGUCUACAUUUCAAUUUUAUUGCAGUGGAUGGAGUUGAUAAUUCGUAUUGACUCUAUCAACUGCAAUGUCUCACAUUAAUUGUUCCUUUUCAUUGUAAUCAAUAUUUAGAAUACGAUGGGAAAAUAAUAUGAGAGCCUCCGAUAAAUUGUAAAUCUCAAUCUAAUAUUAACGAGUAUUGAUUAAUUGAUAUUGAAGCGAACCUUCGAAGCUUAUCGAUUGUACAAAAUAUGUUAAAUGUAUAGGCAUAUUAUUAUUAUAUUAUUGUAAUUAUUGAUUCAAUGUGAUCAAAUAGAUUGCGAAGAAAAUUCCUACAUCGUAAUACUCGUAAUUUUAUAGUAUCUAUCAUAGGUCUAUGAAGGAUUUAGCAAAAGUAUAAUGAGAGGUAGAGUUUGAGAUAAAAAAAUCGACAACAAAAAAUAAUGAAAUGAGAGUAAAUGAUUAUUGUAAAUGAACCAAUGUGAAAACGAAUGCUCGAGGCGAUAAAUUAAUUUUUUCUUUCUAAUGUUAAUAUUUACCAAUUGAAAUACUGAUUCAUUAUAAGUAAAUUAAUUAUAUAUGUCCGAAUAUUAAAAUUGUAAAAUAGUUAAUGGACAAGACCAUUUAUUUAACGAUUGUUUCUACGAAUAAAUUGAUAUUUUAUGUUUAUACAAAUAUGAGACGUGACAAUCCUUUGACUUUUUUCCCCUUCAAUUCAUUCCUGACAUUCAUUCCAUCGAGGACACGUGUACCUUAAAAUAAUAUGAUACAUUCCAAUUGGAUAGAGGAGGUGAGAAUCGAUCUAGCACGUUUUCACAGUGGCCCUCCUUUUUUUUUAAAUAAACCUAAGAUAGCCUAAGUGUACGAUAUGUGAACAUUUCGAAGCUAAUAUUAAAAAAAAAACAAUGAGAUGAGAACAAACUGAAAAUUGUACAACACUUCACGUUAGUCUCAGCAACAACCGAGUGAGUGAAUUUUUCAUUGAGAGUUUGCACGAGAUUCAAUAAAUAAAUAGCAGAUGAAAUGAAAAAAAUUUAUAAACACAAAACGUUGACCUCACCAUAGUGAAAUAACAUGGAAUUGUUUCUGUUGAUAGUUGGAUAUUAUUUUUCACAUUGAUUGUUUGAGGAUAAAUUUUUGAUAAAAGUUGUGUUUAUUAAAUCAUCGUCUCGUUUGUUGUUCAAAUGUCGAUCUAGAGUUUUCAUCGCUGCAUCUGUGUAUUAUAACUCUCUUUUUAAUUUCAAACUCUCCAUUAAUUAUCGCAUUCUUGCUCAUUCAGUUCUGUCAGUGACACAGUGAUCGUAAACAAUUGUAAACAGAUGAAAAAAAAAUGAACAAUAUAACAGAUAUAUUUCCUUUCGGAAUGAGGUCUGAAAACUGUACAUAAAUUUUCAGUUUAUUAUCAAUGAUGAAGAAAACGAUAACGAAUUAUAAUCUCUUGCCAUUUUACAAUGUAAAAAAAAACAAGAAAAAGAAAAGAAAACUAAAAAAAAAAUCCCAGAACAGACUACCUCAGAGUUCAGGAAUUAUCGAUGAAAGAAAGGAAGGAGAAAAGAAAUGAUGAAAAGCCAAUGCAAUAAAUAAUAAUAAUAUAAUGAGAUGACAAAAUGUGAAAUGAGAGAUCGCGCGGGCAUUUUCAGAAAAAAUUCAAUCACUUUUUUUUUAAUUGUCUCUCUCAAACUUCUUCUCGUAAAUAUUUAUUGUUAUAUAUUUUUGUUUUUUUUUUU